CUUUCAUUCUCCUUUUUUUCUUCUUCUUCUUCCUCCCAACCUAUCAAACCACCACAUAAAAAAUCUCCUUUUGAAUUUUUGCCUAUUAAAAAUGGCUUUAAUUAGUGGUGAUGCUAAUAAUAAACUGAGUCUUGAUUCAAUAAGGGAUAGUUUAAUAAGACAAGAAGACACCAUCAUUUUCAACCUUAUAGAGAGAAUCAAAUACCCAAUAAAUUCCACCUUGUACAAAGAACCUUCUUCUUCUUCUUCUUGGAAUAUUUCAGGGUCCUUGUUCCACUAUUUGUUUCAAGAAACAGAAGCUCUUCAAUCUAAGGUUGGUAGAUACCUAUCACCAGAAGAAAAUCCUUUCUUCCCAGAUAACUUGCCUGCCUCAAUCAUACCACCUAGCAAAUGCACACCAGUUUUGCAUCCUGCAGCAGAAUCUGUCAACGUAAAUGAGAAGAUAUUGGAUGUUUAUAUAAAGCAGUUGCUUCCACUAUUUUGUAUUACUGAUCAGGCUGAUGAAGGAAACUUUGCAACUAUUGCUUCCUGUGAUAUUCAGUUAUUGCAGGCACUCUCUAGAAGGAUUCAUUAUGGAAAAUUUGUUGCUGAGAUUAAAUUCAGGGAUUGUACUGAUCAAUAUAAACCACUUAUUCUUGCUAAGGAUAGGGAUGCUCUAAUGAAGCUAUUGACAUUUGAAGCAGUUGAAGAGAUGGUAAAGAAGAGAGUUGCAAAGAAAGCCUUGACGUUUGGGCAACAAGUGACCCUAAAUAUUGAUGAUAGCUCCAAAGAAGUAAAGUGCAAGGUUGAUCCAUCGCUAGUUUCGCGCUUAUAUGAUGAAUGGAUUAUGCCUUUGACAAAACUUGUUGAAGUUGAGUACCUUCUACGACGUCUCGAUUAGUACGAUACAAUUUUUAUUUGACAAUCUUUUUCUCUUUUGUUAUUCCAACGUUUAUCAUUUUUAAUAUUGGAGUAUAAAACAAUUUAAAGGGUUUUUACUAAAUUUGCCUUUGGACCAUCUAGAUCCAUUGAUGAUA